AUGAGGGCGUGGACAACAGAUCUCAAUUAUCGAACGAAUUCGAUGAUCUCCGGCAUAGAAGAUGAACGUUUCAAUAAAAUCGAUGAGGAACAUUCCAAGAAGCCAAUCAAUCCUAUGUUUAUUAAGACGUUAAAUACGGUUUUAAUGAAAUUUCUACGUGACGUUGCUACUGUAGUUCGUGAAUCUCCUGUGGAUGCAGACCAGAUGGAACAGGCUGACGUCUCUCAACUCCUGGCAAAAUCAUUAUCCGGAAUGAUUCUUACGGGAUCAACCCGCCAUGGUCAGCCGCAACGUCGUUUACCUCCGAAGGUUCCUCCCUCACACGUUGUCCCACUGGAAACCGCGUUUUCACUCGGAAACAGUCAUCACAACGGAAUCGAACAAGGUUUGACGUACUGGAACGGCGAUGGGAGAAAAAAUCAGCUCGAGGAGAAAGGGAAAGAUUCGAAUCUCACUAAAAAUAACACUUUUUUGCCGUCAACCGGAUCAUUUCCGGAAGAACCUUCCUCGAAGGUCCCAACAGCUAAAAUCCCUACUCAGACUGGAAUUAAUCGAGAAGUAAUCAACUUGAAUCGACGACCUGUCCCGUUGAAAACAACAAUAACAAAUAACCGUCAACCGUCACCAAUGGGACGUAGACGCCCACUGAAUCAUUUUCGACGACGCCCUCUACAAAGAUUCAAUGGAUAUUCAACAAGUUAUCGCGGAUCUCGUCUAAAUCGUAAACCACUGAGAUCACAUUUCAAUCCCAACGCUGUUACUACCAUGAAUAAGAGCAUAUUCUCCGGAAAUAGGAUGAACCGCAAAGAAAAUCUCCCACAGUACCGUUCUACAGGAAGAGAAAAAAUAUCCAAGGCGAUUCCAAGCAAAAAAGAUCACAUUGUAAAGAUGUUCUCAUCCGAUGACUUGACGCAGACAAUUUCUCAGCAAGAGAAAAGAAUUCUUCCAGACAGGAAACUCACAUCCAAGACUGGAAUGGUUCCGUCACGGAACAAUCCCUCCGGUUAUAAAGCGCGCCCGAACAUGAGACCUAAACAGGAGCUAAGAAGGAAUCCGACAGUCUCGUACCGUAAAAACCGUAACUUCAGUCCAAUUACACAGACAUUUCACCGACAGGCUACGGUAAAUCCCAGACCCACCUGGACACCAUCCACAACCUCGAAAAGAUAUCCGACCGGGCAUAGUAAUCGACCGCUUGAAACUGUUCAACAGUUCCGAUCUACAAGUUCCUCGUCCCCGCAUCACUCACCAAGUCCUCCUCUCCCACAAAAACUUACGGUGGAGAACCAAACUACUCCAAAAGCUGUUCCUCCGGGUUCGCCAGCUUCUCCAGUGAAGAAUCCUCGACCUUCAAAUCGAAGCCAGGAUGAAUUAUCCCCAAGACAAGCGAUCCUGAAUGAUAUGAUCUUUGAUCUCUUCACCAAAUUUGGAGUAAAAUCAUUCCUAAUGAAAACCGAUGAAGGGACAUUAAAAGGGGAUACAGAUCCUAAACAUACGCAAUUUGUUCCCCUGGCAUUGUUCCAAUUCCCUCAACAGAAAAUCCAUGACAAACAGACAUUUCUCACUCCUCAGUCCUCGCCUCGGAUACCAACCAGAAAUUUACACGGACCCGGAGGGAAUGACCUACGAGUAGCAGUAAGUGAAGCUCACCGUAAUACUGUAUCACCACCGACGACGAGGACCACACCCAGCAUGAAACGUUUUUGGACGGCAGCCAUCGAUGAGAGCGUACCGGAUCAGAAUCCACUAUUCUUCCGGAAUAGUGUUGGAACGUUAAUCCCGUGGAAACGUACUUUCGGUGUUACGAGGAAGCAACUUCGGGCACUUUUGAGAACAUAUCGGCAAUAA